UUGUUAUUUUCGACUGAGACAAUCUGAUUUACUUUACUGAUUGUCAAUUACGAAAUUGAAAUAUUAUGGAUAAAAUGGACGAUUUUAAGAACGAUUCUGGGGAUAAAUUAGCUGAUAAAUCGGUGAAUGAUUCAGAUGACGAUUUUAUGGAUGAAAUAGUUGACGCGGGGGAUGAAACAGCCAAAGAGAAGAGAAAAGAAGAAGAAAAAAUUCGAAAGAAGAUGCGAAUGGAUAAUAAUUUAAACAUAGAUUUUGUUUCUAAUUAUUAUGAUAAAGAUCGAAAGAUUUUUAUGCAUGAAUUAUAUCAGUUUCCAUCAUUCGAUUCACGAACAAUAAGUUGGCUAGAAAAUUUAAAUCGUAUUCCAUUCGAUAUGGAUAGUAAAGAUCAAUUAAAAGGAGAUAUUAUUAAAAUAAUCGACAAAAUUAAUGAUGAUCUAGUUGGUGAUGAAAAACUGUUUUUAAAUUAUUUGCCUGAACAAGAAUGGAGAAAGUUGAUAUCAAGAUUAAUCUAUGAAUUUCCAUCCAUCAGAAACCGAUUCAAUCGAUUUAAUGCAGAAUCAGGAUCAAAAACUGAUCCAUUGAUAACUUACAUGAUGAAGAAGGUUAGAAACGGAAAAUCAAAAUUGAACCAGAUGAAUAAACGAAAAAGAGAUAAAUUAACAACUACAAUCGAAGUCAAAACGAAUGAAUAA